GCCCUUUACACGUGAACUUUCGUAGAGACGCCAUGCAACAGUAGAUGCAAAAUGCAAAUUAACAAAUACCACAAUACUGUUUCCAAAUACAGUGUACAGAGUAUCGGCUGCGAUUAAAAAAUAUGGAAAGUUCAAAAUGUAUCGUACCAUGGAUGGUUCAUCGCAAAAUUUGACUAAAAUUGAAACUUGUCAUACUACAUGUCAAUUGAAAAAGGUUUUUGGAAGAACAUCAUUGACCAGUACAACGCGUCAAUUGAAAUGGAACUAUAAAUGAAAAAUGGAUGAAUGAUGAACGAUGGUCAAAAUCUAGAAACCCAAAUAUGUUUCCCGUUGACUAUAAUGUGUCUAUAGAUCUUCAUUAUAUCAAUAUCAUAAUGUAAAAAGAUACGUAUAAAUGGUGUGAUAGGGCUUAACAAUGUGGAAGACCAGAACGCAAUGUUGGAUACAUUUCCCAAGCUUGAUCUUGUUCAUUCUUGCGUCGAUAGUUUGCCUCGCAGAGCUUUCCACGGUUGAUAUUAACUUCAGAUCGUUAGCCAUGCCGGUGGAUGCGGCGGAAGAAAGAUACGUGAUAAGGUUAUCAAAUGGAUAUGUCCAUCCAAAUAAGGUAAACGCAGUACUUGGAACGUUCCUCGAUUUAAACUACCAGGAUGCCAACGCGGUUAGGACGCAUGGAUUACGACUGAGUCAAAUCAUACAAUCGUAUCAUUUGGAUCACUAUGGGAAUUAUCUAUAUAAGAACUGGACCACACUAGACUGGAUCGUGAAAUCUUGGAAUUAUUUAGCAUAUAGCGCACCUGUUAUUUCAAACUGGAAUUGGUGGGUUGCACAAAUUGGCAACCCAAGAUCUCUCUGGUCUGGUCUUUUUCUCUCUAGAGGAACGAUCAGCGACAAAUUAUAUGAUGACUUAAUUCAAAGGUACUGGACGAACGUCCAAGUCUGGGAAUUUUCCAAGAAAGAUGGUAAAAUGUCAGCGUCAAAUCUAGCAAAUAGAGGAUUUCAGGCUUUGUUCGAGACGUACUACCAAAGUGAAACUAUAUUUAGAAACAGAAGAAAUGAGGUCAUUCAGCUUUUAGGAGAAGAAAUAGUUAACAAAACCUCAUACCAAGGCGAGGGCAUAGGAGCGGACUAUUGCAUUCAUGCCCACAACAUCCAUGAAGGAAUCUGGGAGGGCCAGUACACUAACUCACAUCUACGGCUGAUGAUAUACAAUGGUGGAUAUGGGGCAGAAUAUCUUAAGAGAUUUGCUCUGAUUCACAUCCUUCUACAUCAAACUACCUAUCAGGUGGAUAACCUUGUGUUGUCAGAGUUCAUUAAUGCGUUCUUGGAAUGUCAUCAAUAUUUGUGCCGUGGACAGACUUUUGAGCCGAGUGUAGUGGGACGCAACAUCGAUGACAACCAGCGAGUGACUUACUGGGCCGCUUAUGAUGGCUUAUACAAGGUGGCAAAAUUGCUGUUGAUACUUGAUUUCCGUAAAGCUGAACUGGAAAACGUGAUUUCAAGGUAUCUUAAUUAUGGACCAACUAACGGGUCAACCGCUCUUGUUGGUAACAGGGCUUUAUUUGCCUCAGAUAUGAUGGCACAUCAUAGGCAAGCCUACAUGGCGAGUGUACGAAUGUUUUCCUCUCGUACAGUUAGACCAGAAACUUGGGUGAGCGCCCGCAGAACACAAAAUGCAAACGGGUAUUACACCGGAGAUGGAUUCACUACAUUUUUACAAGAUGACCACGAGUUUGGAUCCAGAUACAACGAAGUUUUCCAACAUUAUGACUGGGAAAAAAUUCCAGGUACAACGGUUAUAUAUAGAGGGCAGGUCCCUCAUGAAGGAAUGGAGAGAGUAGGAGACACUCCAAACUUUCCCCAUCAUAUAAGUGAUGCAAACUUUGUUGGUAGUGCCUCUGAUGGUAUGUACGGUGUUGCAGCUAUGAUUUAUGCUCGUCCAACGGUCAAUAUAACAAUGAAAAAAUCUUGGUUUUUCUUUGAUAAUGAAAUCGUCUGCCUUGGGAGCGAUAUAUUCUUACGCAGCAGUAGUGAUACGUUACCAAUAAUUACUACUCUGAAUCAACUAGUCCAAGAUGGUAACAUCGCCUACAAGCAUUCAACAGAAUCAUCGCUCUAUGCAAACUGGAACACUACUACAAAUAUACAAAAUGCCAAAUGGAUUCACCACGACAAUAUGGGAUAUGUGUUUCCAAAUGAAGCAGAUGCAAGUAUCGAUUCACACGAAAGGACAGCAAAUGGUAAACGUUUGAAUGUAACUGCAAUGUGGAUUAAACACGGGCUUGGACCGUAUGCAUAUAUAGUUUACCCAAAUGUUACCAUCGAACAAUUAGAUAAACACGCCAGUGGUCCGUCUGCACAGACCCUACAACAAGACUCAGAUGGCCACGUGGUGUACCAAAAGACUGUUGAUAUAAUCUCAAUGGUUGUAUUCAACGCUCCAUUUUCAAUAAAACACCCAAAAUAUUUUUAUCAAAUCUCAAUCAACAAUUCUUGUAUUUUGAUGAUCCAGCACGGUCAAGUGAAUGACAGCUUGACAAUAACCACAUCCCUCCCAACUCAGUCAACAGCGACAAUCGAGAUUGUAUUUUCAGGUAUUAACAUAACCGGAGUCGACUCAGUUGCAAAUACAUUAACAAAUACCCACUCUGUAUUUUUCCAUUUCUCAGACGAUAAAAGUGUUGCUGGGAAAAGUCAAACCAAGGCUUAUGAAGUUGUUCAAGUUGUUCCGAUCAUUUUACCCGACAAUAGAUACACAAUUAUUUAUAUCAUUGUUCCGAUUGCAGUAAUAUGUAUAGUGGCAAUUGUCGCAGUAGUUAUUGUAAAGAAGAAACAUAGCAGUAGCUAUACAGUAAAUAAGUAAACAAUGAUAAAGGUUAUAUGUAAGUAAUAUGCCAAUGUAGCCAAAUAAAUUCUAAUGAGUAAUCAUACUAUCCUACAUUGUAGCUUGUAUUUCUUAAAAAGGGUUACAGGGAACAAUGAAGUUGCGAAUGGACCGG